UGAUAUGCAUAAGCAUGAUAGCAAGAUAGACGUCUCUUUUUGGGAGCAUGUGAAUGAAGGUCACGAGUCCACAGAAGAUUACUUGGAAUGGUAUGAACGCUUCUCUCACCCUCGGGUCAUCCGGAUAGAUCCUCCUGGCACUCGAAGGAGAAACAAGGAAUCUUCAUCGGCUUCUACAUCUGAUACCAGAGAUGAUUCCACCAUUCUUAAGCUUGUGGGAACGAAUGAAGAUUUUUAUCAAGGAAUUUUUUUGUUCGGACGACAAAGGAGAAGUGAUAGAACCUGAGCGACAUCGUAAGUACGCUGAUUAUUGCAGUCACAUUGAAAAUCCACAAGCAAAGAAAAUGUUCGCUGAAUUGGAAAAGCAAAGUAAGAGGCUCAGGAAAACCCGAGAACAAAUGAAUCAACAACGUGCUCAACAGGGUGAAGCAAGCCAAGGUGGAGGAAGCCAAGGUGAGGAAAACCCGGAGGAAGGAGAAGAUGUUGAUUCCCUAAGAGCUAGUGAAAGUCAAAGCCGUCGUAAGAGAAUCCGGACAUAAACUGGUGAAGGAAUUCAGGGAAGUCAGGGAGGCCGAGGUGGAAGUCGAAACCGAGGUGGAGGUCGAGGCCGAGGUAGAGGUCGUAUGCUUGA